AUGGCAUCUGGUCGAAUAUCGUUUCAAAAUAAAUAUCGAGCUGCAGCAGCAGAACGCUUGAAGCAACAUUAUUGUGAUAAACAACGUUCACGUUCUAAUGAUGAUUUAUUAGACGAGCUAAAAAAUGGAGAAACAAAUGGUAAUGCACGUCAACGUACACGUCAUUCGAAUUGGUCUAGUUUGGGCAGUCUUAAUAGUUUUGGUGAUUCAACAACAACUCCAUCAUCAUCACAAGGACAUACAGGUAGUGGAGGAAGUAAUGCCGGUGGCAGUGGUGGAAGUAAUACUGGUGGUAGUGGUACUAGUGUACAAAAGCGUGAAACAUUACAUAGUCGAUUUGAAUUUAAACAAACAUUGGGUAAAGGUACAUAUGGUAAAGUAAAAUUGGCAUUAGAUAAACGUAAGAAUGAACAAGUAGCAAUAAAAACCAUAAAAAAAUCCCGUAUUGAAAACCCACAUGAUUUGGCAAGAAUUCGACGUGAAAUUGAUUUUAUGACAAGUCUUAAUCAUCCAUAUAUUAUUAAAAUAAAAGAAGUUUAUGAAAGUCGAGAAAAAAUUAUUCUUGUUAUGGAAUAUGCAAGUGGUGGUGAAUUAUAUGAUUAUCUUAAUCGUAUGAAACGCAUACCAGAAUCUCAAGCAAGAGCAAUAUUUCGACAAAUUGUAUCAGCUGUUCAUUUUCUUCAUAAAAAUCAUAUUGUUCACAGAGAUUUGAAAUUGGAAAAUAUUCUAAUUGAUCAUAAAGGAGAUAUCAAAUUAGCAGAUUUUGGUCUAAGCAAUAGCUGGUCACCUCGUCAACUAUUACAUACCUUUUGUGGAUCACCACUCUAUGCUUCACCAGAAAUCGUCUCUGGUACACCAUAUCGUGGUCCUGAAGUCGAUUGUUGGUCAUUAGGUGUUUUGUUAUAUACACUUGUCUUUGGUACGAUGCCAUUUCAAGGUGGCGAUUACAAUCGAUUAGUACGCAAUAUAACUACAGGAAAUUUUAUUCAACCUCGUGAACAGUCAGGCGCACUCGAUCUCAUACGUAAAUGUCUUACGGUAUCACCAGCAAAACGUUUUAAUAUUGACAAUAUUACUACUCAUGAAUGGAUUAAUAUUGGUUAUGGUCGUCCACCUAUACACAAUUAUCCUCCUUCAACAAUGCAAAAAAACAAUAAUAUGUUAUCAUCACAUCCAAUAUUGCCAAAGACUAAUGAAACACCAAGAACAACAUCAAUAAAGCCCAAAAUCAGAUCAAAAUCUACUCAAUCGUCAGCUCCUACGUACUCUUAUCCCCCUCUACCUCCUUCUCAUUCUCCUUCUCCUGCUCCUCCUCCUCCUCGUGUUGAUCCCGCUCCAGCUACUGUACUUCGACCAUUAUUGAAAAAUGGACGUAUGUCAUAUAUUGGAUCAAAAUUAAAAUCAAUGAAGAAUGGAAAUCAUCAAAUAAAACAAUUUAAUCGAUUAAAAGACAAUAAAACAACAAAAAAUAAUAAAAAUGAACCACAAAAAUCUAAUCAGUUAAAUAAGCGAACAUAUAAUUAUAAACAUAAUGGUAAUCGAUCACCGAUAUCAUCUAAACCUCCUCCAAUACAUAUGGUGACUUAUUAG